AACAUCUGUAGGGCAAAUGGUGAAAUAUGAGUAAUUCGCUCGGCAUCUUCAAACAUUGCAUUUCUUGGUAAGCAUUUUGGGAGUGUCUUUCUCCCUAUAUCUGUGGCGGUAGUCGUUACGUUCGCUCUUCGAUAGAGUAUACACUACCUUAUUCUAUUCUUGUUCAUCUUUGUUGUUCGCACUUGGACAGACUAAACACGAUGAAAGAGGAAUCGCCACUUGGUAACCAGGUACAUCCUCCGGUUCUCGACCUAGAAGAUGAAUCAGAAGAAGCUCGAUGGGAAAGGAAAGGAAGAGAAAGACCCGAAAAAUUCAAGACUACAGCUCAAGAAGUUGGGUUUAUAUUCGCGGUCGUCAUGGCACAACUCAUGUCUGAGUUCUACGUUUCUGGAUUCAUCGUUCUUAUCCCAACACUAGCAAAGGAACUGGACAUACCACCAGAGUCAACAACAUGGCCAGCAGGUGCUUUCUCGUUGGUAGUCUCAACCUUUCUACUACCACUUGGACGAAUUGCCGACAUGUACGGAGCCUACCCUGUUUACGUAGGCGGCAUCAUCUGGACGGUAGUAUGGUCAAUCAUCGCUGGAUUUUCAACCAACGAGAUCAUGCUGGACGUCUGCCGUGCAUUCCAGGGCUUCGGACCAGCUGCGUUCUUGCCAGCUAGCAUGGCGUUGCUCGGCAGUAUCUAUCGCCCAGGACCUAGGAAGAAUCUUGUUUUCUCAAUCUAUGGCGCAAUGGCACCUCUCGGUUUCUUCGCAGGCAUCUUCUUUGCUGGUAUAUCGGCUCAAUAUGCGAAUUGGAGAUGGUACUUCUGGAUUGGCGCUAUCAUCAGUGCGUUCAGCGGCCUGGCUGGAUUCAUGACAAUCCCUUCAGAUGUUGCUGAGAGACGCGCGAUGAACAUCAAGAUGGACUGGCUCGGCACUUUCACCAUCUCGGUCGGUAUUGUUUUGGUCGUCUUCGCCUUGACGGGAAGUUCUGGAGCUCCACACGAAUGGGCGACCGACUACAUCAUCGCGACCAUGGUCAUUGGCGUGGUCUUCCUGUGUCUCUCAGUAUAUGUCGAGGGAUGGGUUGCUGAAGCACCGCUGCUCCCGCCGGAACUCUUCAAGAUCAAGUACAUGAAGCCCCUUGUGUUAGCAUUGCUGUUGACGUAUGGUGGUUGCGGAAUAUACCUGCUAUACGCCACCAACUACAUGUCAGAAAUCAUGGGAGGCUCGCCAAUGCAGCUUGUGGCCUGGUGGUCACCGGCAGCAGUGGGUGGUUGUAUCAUUGCGACCGUAGGCGGCUUCGUGCUACACUUGCUUCCAGGCACAAUACUCAUUGCCAUCGCCUCGGUUGCCUGGAUCAUAUCGCCAUUGUUGUUCGCUCUCGUACCUGUGGGCGGACAGAAUUUCUGGCCAUACGUGUUUCCAGCCAUGGUGUGCUGCACGAUUGGCAUUGACAUCACUUUCAAUGUCACCAACAUUUUCAUCACGACGAGUUUGCCUGCUCGUCAGCAGGGCUUAGCCGGUGCACUUAUCAACAGUCUGCUGCAAUUGGGUAUUGCAAUUGCCCUCGGUCUAGCAGACAUUACGGUGUCUCAGACAGCGGACCAGGGGGUAGCUCAGAAGUACAAGAAUGCGUUUUGGCUUGAGGUUGGGUUGGCAGGUGCUGCGCUUGUGGUCUUCCUUGGAUUCGUGAAACUCGACAAGGCGAAAAGCCAAGCGACAGCAGAUGAGAAAAGCGUGGUCCAGUCAUAGAGUUUGUUGAGGGUGUUGGAGAUGUUAAGAGAGCAAGAGAUGUGGUUUUAUAUAACGAUAUUUUUGAUACCCAUGUCGUGUUAGAUACUAGUAGAUAGUCUUGCAUGUGAAGAUGCGAUAAGAACAGAUUGGCGCAAUCUCAU